AUGAGCAGCAACAUCCGCAACAGCAAUAAGUCCAAGUUCAUAAUAAAUACUUCAGUUGAAUAUUUUGCGGCUAGCUCAAGCGUUGGUCAAGCUGCUGACGAACAUCUGUCCGCCAUCCAUGAGUUUCUCGAGAACGACGAACUCACCGUCAUUGCAGCGGUGCAUAACAAAUCGGAUGGCAGCAUAAAAUUUCAUCAUCGCAUACCGGGUGACGAGGUUUGUUUGCUCUUCUAUAAGAUACCUCAGGUCGGUGGCAAGGAUAGUGAAGCAUAUGACCAACCGCUUGGUAUUUUGACGCUCGAGGGCGGUUUGGUCAAGUCGAUUUACAAUUCUGUUUCGCGUGUAUUCUCACCGCAAGCUGAAGCCAGAAAAACUGAGUAUAGCUCGGAGCUAAGUGGUUUACUCGAAAAUUUGCAUGUCUCUUUGGGCUCAACAUUGGGUUUACCAAAAAGUGGUGUAACGUCCGUAAAAGACGAAAUUAAAUAUUGGAGGCAAAAAUUUAAUAAAAAAUCGAGUUCACGCAUUGAACGUGAAAUGUCACAAGUCUUUAUUGGUAUUCUAGAAAAUAUUGACAAGCAAAUGAGCACACUCGAUUCUGGUAAUACUGGUGGCAGCAUUGAGGAGUUUUUGGAUAGUUCACACAACAGUUUGGAUGAACUAUGGCGAUUGCCCUAUCAGUUUCCACAAGCACGCAUGGGCGAUCUUUUGGAUAUUAUAGGCAAUCGUUUGCUGGAAAUUUGUGUGGAGCAACUUCUGAUGGAGGACAUGUGGAAUUUAAACUCGCAACACGUAAAUACAUUAAUGAGUCAAGCCAUUGAUACCGCCGACUCUUGGAUGCAGCUCUGCGACUCGCUUACGCGUCUCUUCUGGCCAAAUUAUGUGCAGCAUCCCUGGGUUGGAGAACCGCACAUGCCCAAACGUGGGCAACAAUUUAAAGAACGACUUUCAGAGAUAAAGAAUAUUAAAAGUCUCUACAAACAAAUCGCUACCUUACUGGAUGACGAAGAGAUGAAGAUUAUGCUCUACGAGAGUUCGCCAUUUAAAGAAAUUAAUAUAUUCGACACAACCCCACUGGGUCAAUCUAAGUGGAAUAAAGCUUUGCAGUAUUUCGAGCAAGUGCUGCAGCCCAUCGAUGAGCGUAUCGCCUCAGCGUUGAAAGCUCAGCUGCACAAUCAUCUCAGCAAUCCGCGACAAGUUAUAUUUAUCUUCUCAAAAUACGAGACUCUCAUACAGCGGCCAGCCGUGCUGGAGUUGCUGACGAUUGAGCGUGAACAAUUCCUACAAUCCCUACAAUUUCUGCUGCAAGACUUACGCAAAGCCAUGUCCGAUACAAAUAUGGAACCUGACACUGGUCAUUUGUCAGUGAUUUGCAAUGAAUGCCGUUGGCUGAAGGUCGUACAAUACCAGAUACAAGAAAUCGAGAAGGUCAGCCACUUGAUCAGUGGACGCGAUGGCUACGAUAAGAUUAAUAAAGCCGUGCAAGAGCUCAAGGAGGAGACCGAAUCUUUAUUGCGUACCAACUUCGAGAUUUGGUGUGGGCAGUGCGCCACAGAUGUCAAGAGUGGCGAGUUGAGAUUGCGUGAAGAUCAACCAGUUGUGAAAUUCGAGAAGGAAGGUCGACAGCUGAUGCGUGUGACAUUCAAUCCCAAAUUGGUCAUGUUCUGUCAGGAUGUACGUGAAUUCGAAAAUCUCGGCUAUAAUGUGCCCUCUGAGCUGCGUUCCUCAGCUACACAUGCCGCUAAAUUUAUGAGCUAUGCGCGUCGCUUACAACAGAUCGCCACAUUUCACAAUACCAUUGGCGAUCGCAUGAUACCGUGCCAAAGACCUAUCAUGUUAAAGAACGCAGUGGAAUUAUCGAAACUAGUGCAAAGUGAGACAGUUGCUUGGAACGAUGAGGAGUCCGUGCAGCGUUAUGUGAACACGUUGCAAACGGCAGUGUCGAAACUUUCCGCGGAUAACACGCUCUUAGUGGGCUAUCACGAGCAGGGAAAACGAACGGUCGUGAAGCUCAUGAAUACCGAUUUGUUUACACAAACUCAAGUGUGGAAAGAUGAAAUGCGGCAUCUGCGCGAGUUGGUCGCCACAAUGGAGCGUCAGGGUUACACCAACUUGGAUGCCUUUAAGUUGCAUUGGGAUCAUCAACUCUACAAGGUGUUGGAAUAUCAGUAUAUAAUCGGGCUGGUGGACAUGAACAAUAAACUACCGGACAUACAUAUCGACAUUAUGUUUAGACAACGUCAACUUUGCUAUCGUCCACCCGAGGAGGAGAUACGUGAGAAGUAUUUCACACAGUUGCGGCGCUUCAUCGAACGCCCCAGCAGCUUUCGUGGUCUAUCCGAUAAUAGCACGGACUUAUUCAAAUCUAUGGUUGAAAUAAAUCGUCACUACUUCGGACCACUUUUUCAACGUGCCGAGGACUUAUUUCGUAAGCUUCAACAAUUCAAAGCCAUCUGGUUGCCUUGGGUUUCAUUAGGCUGUGUGGAUAUUGAGGAGUUAUGCAGCAUCCACCUGACCGUGGCCGACGAUUGGGAUCGUGAGUUUAAAGCUUGUAAAAAUUUCAGUCAAAAAAUAGCGAAAAUUCAAAACACCGAAGAAUCGAUAGACUGCAUAAUUAUCAAUACUUCAACUUUGCGUUCGGAAAUCGAGCUCAUCAGCCGACGUUACUGGGAAGCGUUGACAAACAGCUUGCGUGCAGCCAUUGUAAAUGAUGUGACCGUAAUACAGGAGUUCCUGCAGAACUCGAUACAGUUUUUAAAUAAUGUACCCAUGGACGAGACAACAAUUACGGAGUCCGGCAUGAAAUAUGAAAAGAUGAUGUCGGAAUUACCAAAGAUAUCAGAGACACUUGACUCAGUCAAGGGCAAAGAUUCCUGUCUAGCUGGUUGGUGUAAGGAGCGUGUUACUGCACUGAGCAAUAUACUCUUGCAAUGGGAGCGACUUCAACCUCUCAUUGAAAAUCACGCAGUUAUAUUGCAGCGUCAAGUUGAUAUGAUCAAAGACCAGGCACACUCUCAAAUUCAAAAUUUGCAGAAUGAAGCCGAGAAGUUUUUCUUACGCUGGGAGUCAACCAUCAGCGAACUGGAGAGUAAUGAGAAUGCCACAUUGGAACUAUUCAAGGAACGUCAGGAGCAUUGGCAACAAAUACAAGCGAAAAAGACUCAGUUGCUUGAAGAGUGCGCCAAAUUCAAUAUGUCAUUUCCGACAGAGCAGUUGACGCCUUUCGACGAUAUCGAAGCGAAAAUGUUGGCACAAUCGAAGCAAUGGGAAGUUUACGACAGUUAUCUUAUUGAACUGAAUGCCAUCAUCGAUGAGGAAUGGGCUAUCUAUCGCCGGCGUCCCUAUGUAUUAAAUGAAUUUGUCAACAAAUGGGAGAGCUCCGUGCAUGCGUCAAUAGAUUUGCCUUCUAAACGUAUACGACAAAGUGUGGAGCGAUUGCAAGAUGUUAUGCCGAUUUUGCAAAAAUUGCAAUCAGAUACUUUAUCUGAGCGACAUUGGGCGCGCAUUUUUAUGUUGCUAAACAAACAGGAUCCAAAGCCGUUACACAAUCUCUAUCUGCGUGAUAUCUUAGAGGAUUGCUAUGCUCUACAAAAAGCCGCGCCGGAGAUAACGAAUCUAGUAAAACAAGCUGCCUCAGAGCAAAUUGUUCGUCAGGCCUUAACUGAAUUGGAUCAAUGGUCUGUGACUGCUAAUCUUAAGUUGACCGAUCAUAAAGACUCCGCUGGCCACAGUGUAUCGCUCAUCAGGGACUAUCAAGAAGUUUUGAAUAAAAUAGGUGAUAACCAAUCUUUGCUACAGUCAACUAAGAACUCAGCAGCUUUCGAGGCAUUCUCCGAUCAGGCAGAAUUAUGGGAGAGUCGAUUAAAUACUCUCGACUCGUUGCUCACCAGUUUGAGUCAGUCGCAACGACGAUGGGUAUACUUGGAACCCGUCUUCGGCGCCGGCACACUAAGAAACGAAGAAGCACUCUUUCGACGCAUCGACAAGGAUUUUCGCUAUGUGAUGCGCGAGAUUCAAGCAGAUCCACGCAUAAUAUCACUUAUCAAAAUUAACAAUAUAUCAACCAUAGUCAAUUCACUGGAAACGCAGCUAACACGUUGUCAAAACAAUCUGAUGACCUACAUUAUGGAUAAACGAAAUUCAUUUCCUCGUUUUUAUUUCCUUGGUGACGAUGAUUUGCUGGAGAUAUUGGGACAAGCAACGAAGGAUGCUGAAAUUAUACAAAAACAUAUCAGAAAACUCUUUCCCGGCUGCCACAGUCUUGGCAUAUCAAAGUCACUGAACGAAGAACCAACCGUUUACAGUAUACAAUCGGUGCUGAGUGCAGAAGGCGAUAUUUUGCAGUUGCGACAAGUUGUGCCCAUGAAAGGACCCAUUGAGAAUUGGCUCAAUCACUUAGUUAGCUCCAUACAGAGCACACUCAAGGAUGCAAUAUUUGAAUGCUACACAGUCACAGGCGGAGAAAGAUUCACCGAAUCGAUGUUACGAAAAUACCCCAUCCAAGUGUUGAGCACCAGUCGAGCCCUGCAGCACACCCAUCAAACUGAGAAAGCCAUACAGUCCAUGUCACUGCGUAAGCUGCAUCAGGCGUUGAACACUGAAAUAACACACUUCGCCAACAUGAAAAACCAAACAAACGACACACUGCUACAGAUUAAACUGCGUGCACUGCUCUUCGAUUUGGUGCAUUAUGCAUCGGUGGUGGAGGAGCUGCAACAGCAGAAUGUAAUGCAUAUCACCGAUUGGCAUUGGCUGUGCCAGUUGAAGUUCUAUUUGGCUGGUGCUGAUGGGCGCUUGGUUGUUGUGCGUAUGGUUUACGCUGAGUUCGAGUAUUCCUACGAGUUUCUCGGCAAUCCCAACAAGCUGGUGAAUACCAAGCUGACGCACAAAUGUUAUCUCAUACUCACACAAGCAAUGCAUAUGGGUUUGGGCGGCAAUCCAUUCGGUCCGGCUGGCACGGGUAAAACGGAGUGUGUUAAGGCGCUGGGUGCUAUGUUGGGCCGUUUGGUGUUGGUUUUCAAUUGUGAUGAGAAUGUGGAUACUGAAUCGAUGAGCCUAAUUUUAACUGGGCUGGCGCGUUGCGGCGCUUGGGGCUGCUUUGAUGAAUUCAAUCGUCUACAUGAAGCUACGCUCUCAGCUAUUUCUAUGCUAAUACAACCCAUACAGAUGGCUCUAAAGGAUAAAACGGAUGUGGUUCAAAUUGGCGAGAGAAAUACCAAACUUGACCAGCAUUGCGGCAUUUUUGUCACCUUAAAUCCAGCUGGCGCCGAUUAUGGUGGCCGUCAAAAGUUGCCCGGCAACAUACAAGCGCUAUUUCGGCCCAUUGUAAUGCAACAGCCUGAGCCGUUGGAGAUCUCACGUGUCAUGCUAUUUGUGGAGGGAUUUCAGCACGCUAGUGAAAUUGCCGAACGAAUUGUCGAACUUUUCGAUUUGUGCACAAAAAUGCUAUCAGCUCAACGUCACUACGAUUGGGGCUUACGCGAGUUGAAAACCAUUCUAUUAGCUUGUGGCACUGAACUACGCGCACAGUUAAAUACAAACAAAGAGACAAAGAGCAUUGACUUAGCUAGUGCCGUUGUAGACAUCAGUGCUGCAACAUCAAAUGCCACAGAUAGUAGUUUGAAUAUGGAAAUGUCAGUGGCAGUGCACAUGUUACGCAUGUCCAUUCUAUCGAAGUUGCAACUACAUGAUGUGGCUCGGUUCGAUAUGUUACUGACAAACGUUUUUCCGGAAAUUGGAAAAGUCGCUCAUUGUAAAUCUGAGGUACAACAAGCAUUAGUGGAGGCGUGUACGAAACUUGGACUCUGCGUCAACGACAUGCAAAUCAAAAAGGCCCUGCAGCUGCAGGAACAACUUAACAAGCGUAUGGGUGUUGUGGUGGUUGGGCCGCCAGGGUGUGGAAAAUCGACGGUAAUCACACUGCUUAGGCAAGCUUUGAUGUCUACUGCAAUGAAGUCGACAUCGAAAACGGCGUCACAAAUUCGUCUUCACACAAUCAACCCAAAAUCGAUGAGCCGCGUACAACUGCUCGGUCGCCUUGACCCAGAGACACGCCAAUGGAUGGAUGGUGUGUUGACCAAUACGGCUGUGAUAGUAAAUGCGGAGCCGUCAAAUGUUCAUUCGUGGAUUGUGUGUGAUGGCAGCAUUGAUCCGGAGUGGAUUGAAGCUUUGAAUUCAGUGUUAGAUGAUAACAGAUUGUUGACCCUGCCAUCAGGCUGGCGUAUACAGUUCGGCAGCAAUGUGAAUUUUAUUUUCGAAACGGAUGAUGUCCGUCACGCUUCACCAGCCACCAUUUCGCGCAUGGGCAUUGUGAAUAUGAACCCCGCCGACUUUCCGCAAGCUCAAAUAUUGGAAACCAUGUUGGCCAAGGAAGAGUUCGGUGAUUUGUUGCACACUUACAUUGAAGAACUAUUCAAGCCAGCCGCACAGUGGCUGGAAAAGGAGUACUUGCACUGUCUACCAGCGCUAAAUACUUGGACAUUACUACGCGCGCUCUUACUGCGCCUGCGCACCGUUCAGAGUCGGGAGGAGUUUAGCGUGACUUUAUGUCGCUCUCUAUAUGGCUUCUUGCCACCCGAACGCCAUAACGAAUUCGCUAAUUUUAUAUACGAACGCGCAAAUAUUUACACAAGCAAUCCAAAUCGUGCUGAACUUGCCUACUUUAAUAGCGAACGCGGUACGAUUGAAUUUUAUGAAUCAGAUAAUUUACCGUUAAUGAAUGCAAGCGAUGGCGUGCAACUCAUACAGACGGCCGCUGUGAAAUCGUAUUUGAGCACCUUGCACAACUACUUAAGCGCCCCGGUUAAUACGCCCUUUCUUAUAGUGGGUCCCACGGGCGCGGCCAAGACGCUUUUGUUGCUACAGGCUGUGCAGGAGUAUGCAGGCUAUGACUUGAUUGUCAUUAACUGCUCCAUGCAGCUCACACCUGCCUACAUUUUGCAUUGCUUGAAACAGAACUGUGUUGUCGUGAGCGGUCUACGUGGACGCGAAUUCAAACCGAAACAAACACGUCUGUUGCUGUAUUUGAAGAAUCUGGAUUUAUGCUACUUAGACGCAUGGGGCACAAGCGAAAUUAUGGAGCUACUUUUGCAACUGGUACAACGUGCCGGUUUCUACGCAGACAACUUGGAAUGGAUGCACACUAGCGGCGUACAAAUAUGCGGUUCGCUUUCCCAAGCCAGCGCUGCUACUAUGAGUGGUGGUCUGCACAAGUUGGCGCCCCGUUUCAUAGCAUUGAAUCAGUUCUUGCGCGUGAGCUAUCCAUCUGAUGUCGAUAUGUUGAGCAUUGUGCAGAGUCAGCUGGAGCCCCUACUGACGAGUGGACGUUUUAAAACAGUUGCAGUUAAUGUGCAGUACGUCGUUGAAGGUCUGUUGGAGUUGUUCAAAAAAAUACAAGCCACAUUCACUACUUCCGCACAAGCGUGGGAACACUACAAUUUCAAUCCGAAAUUCAUAAUGAAGUUGCUACAUAACCUCGAAUAUUACCCGGCUGAGUCGUUCAAUGAGGCCUUCUGUGCCGAAGUGAUUUCCAUAUUCGAAGAUCGUUUGGCCAGCGAGUCUGAUGUGAAUGAAUUUCAGAGCUUAUUCAGGCAAACGAUGCGCAAGUUUUAUGGCAGAGAGAAACUAUUUUUUGUGCCGAAGUCACCAAAGCAUUGCGGCGAGCUUCGCGCACUCGCACACGAGGAAUGGCUGGAUGAAGUACAGAAGCAGAUAACAAUUUGCAAUGCAGAUUCCUUCGUCAUUGACGAGCCGAUUACAAGAGAACUACUUGAUUUGGUAGCAAAAGUGGCCCGUGUACUGACGCGCGAUGAGACGCAUUUGCUAAUACUUGCACGCGCUGGUGGCAGACAUGUGGAUGCGCUGUACGCAGCAGCGAAUAUGCAACAGGCAAACGUUUAUGUGACGCAAGGUGGCGCUGGAUAUGGGCUGACUGAUUUUUACAACGAUUUAAAAUUGGCCAUGCAAACAGCGGCAAUUGAUGAUCAAUGCACGAUAUUGCUCAUUGAGCAUUGUUGGAUUACAUUUGCACCGGAUAUUAUGAAACCGAUCGAAGCGUUGCUUGAAGGCAGUGAAAUACUGGACCUGUUUGGUGAUGAUCUGGAAUCUAUAGCGAGUUCGCUGAAGCAUGCAGCACAAUUGGAAGGAUUUCCAGAGUCCAUAGGGGCAUACUUUUUGCGAAAAGCCAAGAAGAAUUUGCACCUAAUUAUCACAUUAGACCCAGCCAACACUGCAGUCAAUGGGUUAUUUAGUAAAUUUCCGGCACUUUAUCGCAACAUGGAAAUGUAUUUCGUGCGUAGCGCCUCCUCGGAAACGCAAAAUCAAUUGCCGAAGAAAUUCAUUGAAAUGUUAGGCGAGGCUGCGGGCUGUAAAGGUAGUGUGCCCGUGUUCUCCUAUUUCACUGACGCUGUCGAGAGCUUGGUAAUGCAGCAGGCACCAAAGCGUUACUACCAACUGAUACGUUCCUACUAUUAUAUUUAUGCGAAUUUCGCUAAGGAUAUCAACAAGAGAUUGGAAAAGUUGCAGCAAGGGGUCGACAAGCUGGCCGCUGCACAUAACGUGGUAGAUACGCUCAAAUCAAAUGCUCAUCAACAAGAGGAAGCUCUUGCCGAAAAGCGGAAGCUAGCUAACGAUGCAUUGGAAAUGAUUUCAGCAACUAUGCGCAGCGCAAACGACCAAAAAACCAAUAUGCUUGAACUGAAGAAGAAAACGCAGGAGAGCAGCGAGCAAUUAAAGGAGCGUCAAAAGGAGAUACAACAGGAACUCGCCGAGGUGGAACCCAUACUCGCAGAGGCCAGCGCUGCUGUGGGUCAGAUAAAAUCGGAAGCGCUCUCCGAGAUACGCUCACUGCGUGCGCCGCCUGAGACCAUACGCGACAUACUAGAGGGUGUUUUGCGCUUGAUGGGCAUACGCGACACAUCGUGGAACAGCAUGAAAACUUUUCUCGCCAAACGUGGCGUCAAGGAAGAUAUACGCUCUCUAGAUCCAGCGCAUAUAAAUCCAGAUAAUUGCGCUGCUGUUGAAAAGUUGCUUGACGCUAAAGCCGACUCUUUCGAAAUGAAGAAUGCGAAGCGCGCUUCUGCUGCGGCGGCACCGCUUGCCGCUUGGGUAAAGGCGAGUGUGCGUUACUCGAAGGUUAUACAAAGUAUACGUCCAUUGGAACGUGAGCAGAACGAGCUGCAACGUAAUUUGGAUGUAGCAGAGGAUGAAAUGCAAAGCCUUAUGAGUGGUUUAGAUGAUGUGGACAAUCGCGUGAAGAAAUUGUCAGCUAAAUUGAACUCCUACACGCAGGAAGCAGAAGUGUUGGAGAUCAAACUGGACGAUGCAAGAAAAACUUUGAAUGCAGCGGAAGUUCUAAUCGAAAAGCUUAGCUCUGAGUUUCACACAUGGAGCAUGCAACUGGAUGAAUACAAGGCGUCUUAUAAAACCUUGGAUACUAAAUCGUUGCUCAUUGCUUUGGCCAUCAACUACUUUUCGCAUUUGACAUUGGAGCGUAGAAGCUUCAGCAUGGAUCGUCUACUGGGCGAACUACAACUGCGACCUUUUGAUUUACGUAAAAGUUUGCUAACCGAACAAGAACAGAUCAUCUGGGAGAGCAUGGGUCUCGCCUCGGAUGCACAAAUUAUCGAAAACGCUGCUUUACUGCGCCAAAUGGUGGAUUUACCUUACGGCAGCUACCCAAUACCAUUGGUGCUAGACCCCACGCAAACCGCACUACAUUGGCUGGAGGAAUAUCUACGCUCGAAGUCUAGACCAUAUGACAUAACCACACAAAGCAAUGAACGUUUAAAUUACAUGCUGGAGUUGGCCGUACGCUUUGGCAAAGUGCUAGUGGUGCAGGAUUGCCAACAAGUCCGUCCACCAAUGUUACAGCUACUGCAAGGGCGCCUUUAUGUGAAAUUCGGUAAAAAACUGGUGGAAGUGGGUUCAAAGAAGAUUGAUUUACAUGAAAACUUUCAACUGUUACUCUUCACGAAAACAAAUAAAUUGAAUAUUCAGCCGGAAACUUUAAGCUAUCUAACUUGUAUACCGUUUACGGUGACCGCCAUUGGAUUAGCCGAUCAACUUAUGUCAAAGGCCAUCAUUUUAAAGAACCCAGAGCUGGAGCAGAAGCGCAUAGAGUUAUUGAAAAACGAGGGUGUGCUGUUGAAACAACGCAUUGAAUUGGAAGACAAACUACUCGAAGAACUCUCAACCGCACAAGGCGACAUUUUGAAGAAUGAGAAACUCUUGAGCACACUCAACGAAGUGAAAGAAAGUAGCAAUUUCAUUGAUAAAUCACUGAAAGAGAGUGCGCGCGUUAAGGCGUCACUUCUAUCCGACUUCACCAAGCUGCGAGAGCUUUGUACACAGUCAGCAAAGUUUUACAUUGAGCUCACCGUCUCCUACGAGCUACCAGCAUUGGCGUUUAUACAACUCUUUAUUAAUUCACUGCAGACUUUUGAUAGUCGAAACUCAAAUGAGGCCGACGAACGGCGUAUAUAUGAGCAAUUAGUGUGCGCCACUUUCCAAUAUUUGGCACGUUCAAUUGCACGCUCCAGCCAUUUAUCGUUGGCAUUGUAUAUCUGCAGAAGCGCCUAUCCAGAACGUAUUCCCGCGGCGGAGUGGGAAAUGUUCGUUACGAACUUUAUGGCAGCCGCCGAUGCCAGCACGGGCAGUGUUGAUUUGGGCUCAGUGCAAUUGCCGGAUUUUAUUAGCAAGGAUGUGGCGGUUAAGUUGAAAGUAUUGCUUACACAAGUACCUCAACUUGAGGAGCAGCUGCAAUUUCAAAAGGACUAUGCAUGGCGCAGUUUUGUUGUAGACCAGUUACAAGAAAUGCCAGGCGAUAUAAAAUCCUCAUUUCACCGUGUGCUCAUUGCGCAAAUUUUUCGCCCAGAUCUCAUCCUCACACAGUUACGACGAGCCGCUGCCGAAAUUUUGGGCAUAUCACUGGACUCUGUGGUACAACCUACAGUGGAUCAGCUGGCUGAGGAAAAUACCGAAAAUAAACCUAUUCUUGUAAUUACACAAACGGAAAAUGAUCCAGGUACGGAGAUUAGAAAUGCCGCAAUUAAAAAGAUCGGUUUGGAAAGGUAUACUGAGCUCUCUAUGGGUUGCGGUAUGGAACGCCGCGCGCUGGAGGCUGUACGGCAGGCAGCAGAAGUUGGCAAAUGGAUCUGCAUUAAAAACGUACAUUUGGUACCUGAUUGGUUGUCGUUGCUAGACCGUGAGUUGGAAAUGCUAAGCAAACGCGAAGGUUUCCGCUUGUGGCUUAUUUGUGAAUCCACACGCGGUUUUAGUGAGACAAUUAUGUACAAGUUUGUGAAAGUUUUAUAUGAAUAUCCAAGUGGUAUCAAGCACAAAGUACGUCGUAUGUUACAAAAUUUUGCUCUUAGCGAAUAUCGCAAAAUAUCAAAAGAAGCAAAAUUAGUGAAAAUCCGCUUUGUGAUUUUCAUUGUUACGGCGGUGUUGCAGGAACGUCGCAAAUUCAUACCACAAGGUUGGUCUAAGUACUACGAGUUUGGUGAAGCCGAUUUGAAAGCUGCAUUGGAAGUGCUGCGCUGGUUGGAUAGUACAAUGACUAGUGGUCGCUGUGAUUGGACAAUUAUGCAGCGUUUAUGUGAGAAUGUGGCAUUUGGCGGUAGGAUCAGCAACACACGCGAUAUACAAGUGCUGCAGCGUUACCUGGAAGAGUUCUGCUCUGCAGAUGUGUUGAGCAAUCGCUGGAGUCCUUUAAAUACUAAAAUUGUUGUACCCACAAGUACGCAGGUGCUCGAUUAUAUUAGUGCUACUUCAAAGUUUCCCGAUACUGAUGAUCCGGAAACAUUCCAUCUGUCGAGUUUCACAAACAUAAAUCGUGAAAUUGAGGAUUCGAAAAAAAUUAUUACUGAGUUGCGUACUACUUACUACAAGAAAGUAGAUUGCCCAGAGGAGUCGGUAGAACGUGAAAAGGAAACCACAGACUUAAAGAAAUUGGAGAAACAAAUUAAACCAAUUUUAGCACUUUGGCGUAAGCUAGCCGGUAAAUGCACUGUUCAGAAAACGGCGGAGAAAUUGCAAGCAACUCCGUACACGGAUUCACCAUGGCAACUUUUUAUCAUUUCUGAAUUAGGCACAGCUGUAAAGUGUUUUCAGGAAGUACAUCAGACGCUUUCAUUGGUACAUAAUUGGUUCAAGGCCACCGCUGAAAACGCACGUACUAUUAAAGACAUGCCGUUAUUGCAAACUCUGGCAGAAAAUCAGGUUCCGAGCACUUGGCAGCGUUGUUGGCAUGGUCCGUCAGCGGCUACUGACUUCAUACGCGCACUUGUUUUACGCGGACAAUCUGCUGAACAGCGCUAUCGCUCAGAAAUGCACUUGGAAUUUGGAAAUCAAAUUGAUCUAUCAACUGUUUUCAGUUGUGAGACAUUACUUUCUACUUUAAAAGUUAUUAACUCCAAGCAACUGAAUAUAUCUUGUAAGGAUCUGAAACUAGUGACAUAUCUAUCUAAUGGUACUUCUGAAAUUAGUAGCCAAACUAAAUGCUCUAUUAUUCUCAUCGCUCCGCUUAAGGUGGAUGGCGCUGUUUUUACUUAUGGAAAACUUACGACUAAGGCAAAUUUGGAAAGUCACUCACAGGAAUAUAAAUCAUCUGAGUUCAAAAUUACCUUUGAAGCAUACAAGACCACAGAGGAGAAACAAACGGUUCCGAAACCAUCCGCUGGAUUUUUAAAACUACCUUUGUACUCAAAUGCGAGCCGAGAUAAACUUCUUUGCUUCUUAGACAUUCCAACUACGGAAACUCCUGAUUCGGUAUUAUUGUCGGGAGCAGCACUGAUUGUUCCUGACUUUUAAAUAUUAUUAUUAAAAAAGAUAAAUAAAAUACAUAACAACGAACUGUGUCACAUUCUUCAGUUAAAUAAAA